CAACUUGGAAACACGGCGGAGAGAGACUCCCUCCUCCAGCAGGCGCGGUGUUUCGGGCGGACGGCGGCUCGGACGCAGGCGGACUCCCGGAGCGGCUGGUGAUGACCCACCGCGGCGGACCUUCACGCCGCUCCUCCCCCCGAAAGCCUCCUGGAAGUUCGGGCUCCGCUUCAAACUUUCGGCGGGGCUGCUCGCGCUGACCUCGACCCUCCGCGUUGUGUUUGCGUGUUUCUCUCUUCUUUCCUCUUGUGUCGGCUGGCCUCGGGAAGCGUCCCCACAUGUCCGCGGCCGCUUCUCGCUGAAGUCUCGCCGCACGCAGCCAGGUGAGCGCGCGGGGCGCCGCGCGCGCUUCGCUCCCCCUCUCCGUGGGUGCGUUUACUACACCUGUACGCACGCAGACGGCGUGACGCCGCCGGACGGAGCGCGAGGAGCAGCCGCCGAGCGUCGGGACGGAGCUAUGGAGCCUCCUCCAGGACGGAGCGGGACCCGGCGGAGCCCCGCGGCGGCUCCCGGGAGAAGCCUCGCGCUGGAUGCGGUGUGCGCCGUCGGCUUCAUCUGCCUUCAAGUUCUGGCCAUCCAGGCUGCCGCCAUCCAGUUCACCAAGGAGCCCAAAUCCCAGGAUGCCUUGCACGGCCGCAGCGCCAUGCUCCGCUGCGAGGUCAGCGACCCGGCCGACAUCGUGUACAGCUGGCUCCACGACGGCCGGCCGCUGCAGGACAGCGAGUCCCGCUUCCAGGAGGGCAGCAACCUCAAGUUCACCGCCGUGGACCGGCAGCUGGACGCCGGCAGCUUCGAGUGCGUGGCGCGCAACACGGUCACGGGAGAGGAGCGCCACUCCACCAACGCCUCCUUCAAUAUCAAGUGGUUAGAAAGCGGCGGCGUGACGUUAAAGGAGCCCGUCUCUGAAGGGGAGAUUGAGAGUUCCUCCACGGUCACGCUGCGCUGUCAUAUUGAUGGACACCCGAGGCCGACAUGCCAGUGGUUCAGGGACGGUGUGAAGCUGACGGAGAAGAGCCAUCAGAUCAACAACAAGGAGAGGACUCUCACCUUCAAGAGCGCCAGUCCGGACGACAAUGGCCUCUACUACUGCUGCGCCAAAAAUGCUGCGGGGCACGUCUGCAGCAGCAGCAACUUCACUCUCAACAUAAUAGAUAAGAGUUUCCCGCGGCCGGUGGUCGCCCCGGAGGACCAGGUGGUGCUGAGGAACGAGGAGGCCGCCUUUCACUGCCAGUUCACGGCCGAGCCUCCCCCGACGCUGGAGUGGUACCACGAAAAUGAGCUGCUGGUGAACAAGUCUCGAGUGUUGCUGCUGUCCAACGGGACGGUACUGAUCACUCAGGUCAAACCCAGGAACACGGGAACCUACAAGUGUGUCGGCCGCGGCCUCAGAGGAUCCCACGUUACGCUGGAAGCUUCGCUCCUCAUAGCAGAGUUAGAAGACAUGGUGCCCAAGACGUCCAAGGUGUUCACGGCGGACACCCUGCAGCGGGUGCCCUGCCGCGCCCCGCGGGGCAGACCCCAGCCCGAGGUGUGGUGGGAGAGAGAGGGUCAGCGGGUGCCGGCAGAAGGCCGGGUGCACCAGGACGGCCUGGACCUGGUCUUCAGUCCGACGGAGGAGGGGGAUUCGGGCACUUACACCUGCGUGGCUCAGAACAAGGCCGGCCGCAAGACGCAGGAGGUCACCUUCACUGUGGCCACUGCUCCGGUGUGGGUGACGAGGCCUCAGGACAGCCGUCUAGAGGAGGGCAAACCGGGUUACCUCCACUGUCACGCUCAGGCCAACCCGCAGCCCGAGGUCACCUGGCUCCGCAACAACAUCAUGAUCACCCCCGAGGACUCUCGCUUCAAGAUUUUCCCCAACGGCUCCCUCAGGAUCAACAGCGUGGAGGUGUACGACGGACAGAUGUACGGCUGUGAAACCAAGACGGUGGGCGGCAGGCUGUCUGGACAAGCCAGAGUUACUGUGCUCGAGAAGCUGAAAUUCACUCCCACCCCUCAACCCUCCCAAUGUCUGGAGCUGGAUAAAGAGAUCACCAUCCAGUGCUCCGCUAAAGGCCGGGAGAGCCCCACAGUCCGCUGGACCAAAGCAGACGGAGGGGAGCUGCCGCCUCACGUGGAGCAGAGGAACGGUCAGCUCCACUUCACCAAAGUCACCCGCAGCGACGCCGGGAACUACACCUGCAUCGCCUCCAACACCCUGCAGGGCGAGAUCAGGGCCCUGGUGACCCUCACCGUGGCCGUAUACAUCCGCUUCAAGGUGGAGCCGGAGAAUACGACGGUGUACCAGGGUCACACGGCCAUCCUGCACUGUCAGGCCACCGGCGACCCCGAGCCGCACAUCCACUGGAUGGUCAAGGACAAGACGCUGGACCUCAGUAAGAACAGGAGGUUCCAGAAGAUGGCCAACGGCUCGCUGCUCAUCUCGGACGUCACCACGGACGACACGGGCAGGUACACCUGCGUGGCCGGAAACAGCUGCAGCAUCAAAGACCGCGUGGCGCAGCUCUACGUCGUCGAGAAACCAGCGCAUUUCCCCAUCGAAGACGAAGACAAGGCUCCCUACAAGAUGAUCCAGACCAUCGGGCUGUCUGUGGGAGCCGCCGUGGCGUACAUCAUCGUGGUGCUGGGUCUCAUGUUCUACUGCAAGAAGAGGCGCAACGCCAAGAGGCUCCAGAAGGGCCAGGACGGCGAGGAGCCCGAGAUGGAAUGCCUCAAUGGAGGAGCCGUCCAACAAAACGGCCACACCACCGCCGAGAUCCAGGAAGAGGUGGCCCUCACCAACAUGGGCACCAUAGCGGCUACGGAGAAACGCCACAGCCACGUCAACAACGACAAGCUCCAUUUCCCUCGGACCAACCUGCAGACCAUCACCGCCUUAGGUAAAGGCGAGUUCGGCGAGGUGCUGCUGUCUAAAGCCAAGGGCAUCGAGGAGGGCGAGGAGGAGACGGUGGUGCUGGUGAAGAGUCUGCAGACCCGGGACGAACAGCUGCAGCUCGACUUCCGCCGCGAGGCCGAGAUGUUCGCCAAGCUCAGCCACCCCAACGUGGUCCGCCUGCUGGGCCUCUGCAGGGAGGCGGAGCCGCACUACACGAUCCUGGAGUACUACGACCUGGGAGACCUGAAGCAGUUCCUGAGAAUCUCCAAAAGCAAAGACGACAAAGUCAAGUCUCAGCCAAUCAGCACCAAGACCAAAGUUUCCAUCUGCGUCCAGGUGGCUCAGGGGAUGGAGCACCUCUCCAAUCAUCGCUUCGUCCACAAAGACCUCGCCGCCCGGAACUGCCUCAUCAGCAGCCAGAGGCGCGUCAAGGUGUCGUCGCUCAGCCUCAGCAAGGACGUCUACAACAGCGAGUACUACCACUACCGGCAGGCCUGGAUCCCGCUGCGCUGGCUCCCCACCGAGUCCGUGUUUGAGGACGACUUCUCCACCAAAUCCGACGUGUGGGCCUUCGGGGUGCUGAUGUGGGAGGUGUUCAGUCACGGCGAGAUGCCGUACUCCAAGCUCGGCGACGACGAGGUGCUGGAAGGUCUGCAGACGGGGAAGCUGAAGCUGCCCGUCCCAGACGGAUGUCCCUCCAAAAUCUAUAAGCUCAUGUGCCGCUGCUGGGCGCUGAGCCUCAAAGAGCGCCCCUCCUUCCCCGACAUCGUGCACGCCCUCGGGGAGCUGCCCUCCGACAGCAAAGUCUGAGACGAGACGCUCCCACAUCUCAAGCGCACAGCGGGGGGGGAGGGGCCUUUUUCCAACCUCGCCCCCCCUUCAAAUAAAGACGGGAAUGCUGGAUUAUUAGUCUCACACAUUUCAGGGAAGAGGGUCGAGGAGAAACACUUUUUUUUAUAUGCAUUUCAAGUAAAGAGGAGAGUGCGGGUGAGACUGGAAUCGGUGGAAACGCACUCACGUUUGUGUGAAUGGCUCCGUGUGGCGCCGUGCCUGGAGCUUGCCUUAACCGCAGCAUGGACGACCCCCCCCCAUUCCCUACCCUUCCUCCACUUCUGCGGUGCCACUGUGAUGCUGCCCGCUCGGUCCCAGAGACACUUUGUAUCACGGAGCCUCACAGCUUCAGUGCCUCUCCCCCCUCCACACACACACACACACACACACACACACACACACACACCUGAGACCUUCACCUGAAGAUGCCGAUCUCUGUCUGGAGGAGACGUCCCUUUAGGGAAACCUGAAGCUUCUUGAGGAAAGGGAUGAGUGAGAAUGUAGUCUUAGAUCUACUUCGUCUCUGAACUCGCCACCAGGGACCCUUCUCCACCACCCCAAACUCUGUGUGUGUGACCUGUUCUCAAGCUAUAGUGUAUGUUCAAAGAAGAAAUGGAUCAGGGUUUGCAUGAAGGUUUGUCGUCUGUUACGACACUAGGAAACUUGUGGGGGGGGGGGCGGGUGUGAUGAGGAAACAUAGUCCAUGUCAUUGAACUCUUCAGGAACAGCAGCAACAAACAAAAUCAAUCACGUUUUUACAGCCAAGGAACAUUUGGAACAGAUGAGACGGUGCCAGUGUGGACUUUAUACUUUGUUUUGUUUUUGUUUUUUUACAAGUGUGUUCUGUUGUCGCAUUAACUUUGAGGUGCUUUAAUUGUCACUACUCGCGGGUAAUAACACUCGUUUUUAUCACAUUAACGUGGCCCAGCCGCAGGGAAAGCAGCUCAUUCUCUCCAGAGGUCCAAUCACAGUUUCUCUCCUGUGCAAUGCUGCAUCGUGGGCCAUCACAGCAGGCCGUGUACAUAAUGUAGAAGCCAUGCACUAACUUCACUUAAAAAGAUUACCCCCUUUAUUUCUAUCAUGUUGUGUAGAAGGACGUGCAGGUGCCUGUUUAUUUAAGAUGAAGGUCCUGUCUUUUUUUUCUUUUUU